CGGUCGCGAAUAUCACGCAACCUGGAAACAUAUCAAAUACAUAUCGAAUUCUUACUAAACAAGUCCUCUGGAUUAAUUAAGCCGAGAAUUUAGACGUGAUCACGAAAAGAACAUUAGCAAAGAGUAAGCUGACAUAUGGAUGACGUGGUGAUGGUUCAUGGGCUUUCGGUGCCGUGCGGUCUGGGGAUCACUGAAGAAAAGGUGGAAGCUUUAACAAGAUUGCCUGCCAGGAAGGAUGACAUCUUCAUUGUGUCAUACCCCAGAUCAGGUUCAAAUUGGACUUCGGAAAUAGUAUGGCAGAUAAUUCACGACGGUAAAGUUUGUGAGGGUCGACUGGAUGAAAGAGUGCCUUUUAUCGAAGGAAUGAUUUUGCCGUUCAAAUCUUUUCCUUACACCUUGAACAACGUGGAAUCAAUAGAGAAGAUGUUUAGCACCUUUCCUGCCCCACGAGUGUUUAAAACUCAUCUUCAACAUGACAUGGUUCCCAAGAGCGACAAUAAAGCUGUUACGCCACGCUACAUUUAUGUAAUGCGCAAUCCCAAAGAUGCGUUUGUGUCCUUUUACCAUCAUUUGCGCAACAUGCCUUACUUGAAGGAAAUUCCCACGUGGGACGAGGCGUUUGGGCGCCUCAUAAAAGGAAAUGUCCCAUUUGGUGGGUGGUUUGAUCACGUGCUAAGUUGGUGGAAACACAGAGACGAUCCUAACAUUUUGUUUCUUACGUACGAAGGCAGGAUUAAGAAUCCAGCAGAUGAUGUGGAAAAGAUAGCCAGGUUCAUUGGUAAAGAAAUCUCUCCAGAAACACUUGACCUCAUUGUCCAACAAACUUCAUUUGGCGCCAUGAAGAGCUCUGAGCACACGAAUUACAGUUGGUUUGAAGGAAUGAAGGGGGAUGGCUUUAUUAGAAAGGGACAAGUAGGAGAAUGGAAAAACUUCUUCACUGAGGAACAGAACGAGUUAUUUGAUAAAGUGUUCAAAGAAAGAAUGGAAGGAACAGGGAUUGAAUUUGACACUUAAGAAACUAACCAUCACUUGAGUAAUCAGAAGAUGCGAUAGCUUUAGCGCUGGACUUAACUGAAUGUUGAAACGUUUAGUGUAUAUUUUAAAGGUUUUGGAUGUUUCCGUUAUAAUUAUAAUGAGAAUAAUAACGAUGCUGAUAAUAAUAAUAAUAAAUUUAUAUGGCCACCAGCAACAACAAGUUGAACAAACCAUCUAAGGAGACAAACGCAUUUAUUUCAAUUUGUAUAUUCAAGUGUUCACUUUUUAAUGUAGCUUUUUUGAGCGUCUUUUUAGCUUGCAAAAUAGGCAGUAAACUGAGUAAGAACUGGGAGUGCAAAAGGGCGACGAAGUUUUGUCGCUCAGUUUUCCGUGCGCUCCACCAUGAUAAACCGCCAGUUCUGCUGGCUAUUGUUUUGCCUCCUUUAGAAGACUUUCUUACUUGUUCAUAUAUAUUUUUACAAUAACCGUCUAAUUUCUCCCGCGCUGUUUAGCUCAUUUUAUCAUCAAUAAGAGUACAGACGGAUAAAAUUUUAAUUCAUGCAAGCUUUCAAGUUCAACUUUCAGCUGUCGAACUGUCAACUUUUUAACCAAUAGGAUUUGAUUGACUUUAUUUAAGUAGCCAAUCGAAAAGCGAGAAAAGCUAUUGACAAAGUUCGCGUCAUUUUUAAUAAAAUUCACUUAUCUUUGUUUACUGCAAGUUUACGGCUUCUUUUCCCUCAUU